AUCUCUGGGUACCGUCCCUUACAAUCCUUAUAAGUUUUCAAGGCAUGGCUGACCAAACCAAGCAAGGGAUGGUUCCCAGAAAAAAAGAACAAAAACAGAAAAGAAAAGUAAAAGUCCAACUGCAAUGGAUGGCCCACUUUACUUAGUCUUCUUCUUCUUGUUGUUCAAGCCUCUUCGUCUUCAUCGGAGUUUCCUGGGGACUCUGCCACUCCUUUCCUCGAUGCACAUCUCAGCUCUAAUUUAGACAUUGUUUAUGUCUCAUCCACGCGUGUGGGUACAUUUGUUAUACAUCCCACACAUUUGUGGAGAUAUGCCGCAUUCGUGCUUUUUGUUGUGCUGGGAUCGAGAGUGGUCGAGUUGUGGGAGUAGAGAGAGCCUGGUUUUGAAGGAGCUGUUGGCAAUCUCGCAUGUGUUGCUUGGCGGCUUCAACUUGGUUCGUUUCUGGUCCCCAUGCUAGGCUUGUUUCCGGAGGAGCAGCGACAGCUUGGACUGUUGGUUGUGUUCACCGAAUAGUUACAGCAUAGCAGGGUUGUCUGUUCUAGAAGAAUCCGGUGAAAAAAGUGUCCGCGAGGGCCCUCUUACCCACUUUAUUUCUGGGGUGUUAUGGAAAGGCCAACUCUUCCUGUUGAGGGCGCGAGGAAGAAGGCCAAAAUCGACUAUUCGCAACGAAUUAUGCUCUCGCCGUCUGAUUCAAGAGCUGCGUCAUCUCAAUCCUCGCAGAUUGCAGCUUGCGAUGACUCAUGCUCCUACAGUUUAUAUGGCUUAAACGACUCAUGCGACCGAUUGCCUGAUACCAGCCCUGGCCUGAAUCCCUGGUCAUUCUGUCCACCAGCGCGAGAGCUAAGAUAUCUUAUACCGUCAGCAUCCACUGAAUCAGAACCAAGCUGGAAGGCAAUCAGUCAUGAUCAAAGGGAGGCUUUCGCUAAUUUCUCAUGGUUGGCUGAAGACCUACGCGAGGAUAACCUUGUGAAUGUUGCAGGACCACCUAUAUCAGGAGCAACCUCCCCCAGGUUCUGUGACUUCAAGGCGUGUUCUGAAGUGGGACUCUCCAUCAGAGACUCUCAGGAUGACUUACCAGAUGUUUGCGCAGCUACAUUUCCUCUUUCCUCACCCCGGGAUGAGCUGGCUUGGGCCCAAACCAUGGUCGAGCUGGACAAAUUUGAGGGUUUCUGCAGAUCCGACGAACCUCAGCGAGAACAGUCUAAGAGCGAGAGGCAAAUGUCUCCUACCACUUCUUCAGCUGAGCUACGUCUCGAAGAAGUGUAUCAUUCACAGACACCAAUAGACUCAGCGUCGCUGUCAUCGUCAUUUUUAAGUGACUCUAAGACCAGUUUUAAGGGCAGGAAACGAAAGAGCGACACUUGCGGUGACUUUGCUGCAACAAUAUCUGCUGAAAACAAGGAACAAGAAAGAUCAUCUGAGAAAGAGUCUGGAGAAGCAAAUGUGCAUAAUGAAGGAGACGCUGGAAGUGAUAAACAAGAAACUAAGCAGCCAAUUGCGCGUUUUUUCUGUGGAAAUCCGCCCCGGAAGGAGAAAUGCGUGAAGAGGGAGCGCGAGCCGCGGUUUGCGAUCAAAACGAAGACACACACCGAUGUGAUGGAUGAUGGUUACAAGUGGCGCAAGUAUGGACAGAAACCGGUAAAAAGCAGCCCCCACCCCAGAAACUACUACAGGUGCACUACGCCGAACUGUCCAGUGCGGAAGCGCGUGGAGCGCUCCACAGAGGACCCCGACCAGGUGAUAACUACCUACGAGGGCAGACACACGCACCAAUCACCCAGUUUCCUCAAAGGUUCGCCAGAGUACCCGAGCGAGUUAUCGGGGCUUUUGGGUGCCCUCUACCACCAUUACAGUCUAGCUUGCAACCAAGCCGUGCGUGCGCAUAUCCCAAAUUUCGGCGAUUUCGGUCUGUCGGAUCUUCUAUUCACACCGCAAGGCUUUAGUUCUAAUCAAAACAACCUGAAUGUGCUUCGAGCUCAUGAGAUGCUUAAAUUACAGCAGGAAGCUGCUUGCGCGUCGAUUUUGAUUAAGCUCUUACAGUUUGGAGCUCACAAUUGCACAGGUAGACAUCAAGAAGGUGGGCCAACCAAUUUUCCUUGCCCGAACCUCUCAAGUGUGAACCCUUCGUCGAACCAGAGCCCUCUAUUCGACUGGCUGUCUCCAACACUGGAGCAACUGGGUCGCCUUCUCUUACCAAAUGCUUGAGCGUUGUCACAAGGCGAUAGAUUGUCCUGCAGCCGUCCUGCUCCAAGCCCAGAAUAUUCUCAUGGAUUGCUUGGCAUCCGUUGUAAAACCCCCUGGUCGUGAACUGUCUGUGUUUGUGGCUACGGAGGAUACAUUGAGCCCCACAAGUCCGACUACUUCUAGAUCUUGACCCUGUUCAAUACUUUGGCCUCCUAGUGUUGUACAUUCAAUCUAGCUCACACGAUAUUUUAAUACUCAAUUUCUGAAUGAUUUUCUUGUAUAGCAUAGUGUCGAAGUAGCCGUACUGACUCGGUAAAAAUUUGGUUACGGGGUCAACAAGUCAUCCCGACCGUACACACUUAACUGAAAAAAUCGAAACAUUUGUAUUGCAGAUUUCAUGGA